ACCGCCCACCAGAAAUAAAAAAAUGGGAUUACGUAUGAAUCGCCUAUACGGGUCAAACAAGGGCAUUGAAAUACUCUUCGGCUCCAAUCACUAUCCGCAAAAUGUCUGCCCUAAUUGUCUUCUUUCUCAUCUCCCUGUACUCUCCCUGCAUUGCCUCGCUCACCUUUUCCGUCUCUGAAUUCGGAGCCGUCGGCGACGGCAUCCACUACGACACUAACCAUAUCCAAUCCGCAAUCGACACCUGCGCUUCUGCCGGCGGCGGCCGAGUAAUUUUCCCUGCCGGGGGCGACUACCUCACUGGUACGCUGUUCCUACGGUCCCACGUAAUCCUAGAAGUGGAGGGCGGAGCAAGGAUUCUUGGCGGCACCAGGGAGGAAGACUACCCAAAGGAGUCGUCGCGGUGGUACGUUGUGCUCGCGGAGAACGCUACCGGGGCGGGGAUUACCGGCGGCGGGGAGAUUAAUGGGCAGAGUUCGGCUUUCGUUGUUCGGCCUGAUGUGAGGAAGAAUGUGAUGGUGAGUUGGAACCGUACUGGGGCAUGUUUGGGAGAUGAGUGCCGGCCGCGGUUAGUUGGGUUUGUUGAUUCGAAGGAGGUGCGGGUUUGGGAUAUCACGCUGAACCAACCAGCUUAUUGGUGUUUACAUUUAGUAAGAUGCGAUGACACUAAGAUUCAUGACAUAGCAAUAUAUGGAGAUUUCAACACACCAAACAAUGAUGGGAUUGACAUUGAGGAUUCAAACAAUACAAUCAUAACACGAUGUCAUAUCGACACAGGAGAUGAUGCUAUUUGCCCCAAGUCUUCAACGGGGCCUGUGUAUAAUUUGAGAGUAAUGGAUUGUUGGAUUCGCACAAAAUCUAGUGCAAUCAAGCUUGGAAGUGCAAGCUGGUUUGAUUUCAAGAAGUUCUUGUUUGACAACAUCACAAUCUUUGAAUCACAUAGAGGUCUCGGAAUGCAAAUUCGUGAUGGAGGAAAUGUCAGUGACGUUAUCUUCUCAAACAUCAAAAUAAGCACGAGAUACUAUGAUCCCUUAUGGUGGGGAAGAGCGGAGCCAAUCUACAUCACAACAUGCCCUAGGGAUUCCACUUCUAAAUCUGGUUUCAUUUCUAACAUCCUCUUUGAAAAUAUAUCUGCAGUAUCAGAAAAUGGAGUAUUCUUGUCUGGUUCAAGAAAUGGAAUUCUGAGUAACAUUAAAUUCAAAAAUGUUAAUAUAACUUACAAAAGGUGGACAAAAUAUCCUGGUGGAUUGUAUGAUUAUAGACCUGGAUGUCAGGAUUUAGUUAACCACAGCACCUCAGGAAUGAUGAUGGAGCACAUUGAUGGUUUGGAUCUUGAAAAUGUAAACAUGAAGUGGUUUAAAAGCAAUGUUAAAGAGUGGAUUUUCCCUUUGCAAUUUAAGGGUGCCAAUGUGAAUAAAUUGUCCUUUCAUGAUUGGAAUUCUGAAAUCCUUAAUAUUACAGGAGUUCUCAAAUAGAAUGGUGGCUUAAACCUCAUUGUAAUGAUUUCAAUGCUAGGAGAAUUUGGGCCUUGUACAUGUCAGACUGUCUCAUUGUAAUAAAGGCUUUUUAUGUGUUUGCA